AUGGCUCAUGUAUUUUCAUCAUUGCAAAACAUUGUCAUCAUGAAAGAUCCUGGGCGGCAGGCAGCAUUCAUCAGCAAUGAAGAACUACAGGAAGUGAUUGAUCUGCUGUCUCUACCUCUCACAGCAGACACCAGCUUGAUCUCAAGCACAAAUCAACAGCAACAACAAAGUAAGCAGCUGCAGCAGCAACAAAAUAAGCAGCUACAACAACAACAGCAGCAACAACAACAACAACAACAACAACAACAACAACAACAACAACAACAACAACAACAACAACAACAGCAACAACAACAACAACCUCAGCAUCACCAACAACCACAACAGCAGGCACAACAACAACAGCAGCAGCAUCAAGCAGCUCAGAACCAGCAUCCACAACAGUCCCAUCCCCAGCAGCAGCAGCAACCGUUGUGUGAGCAACUUCAGUCCUUCCAGCAGCAACAGAAGCCGGCCCCCCCCUCCAUACCCCAUUCGUUUCAGCAGUACCUUCCUCCCUCCAACAAGGGCAGCUGUGUGGUCACCCACCAUGGGCUAGGGGAGGUGGUGGUUGAGGCUCCAGAGAGCAACAGCCAGGUCAGCACCCCAAUCUGGCCUCCAUCAGGCAUUGCCCCUGGUGUGACGCUCACGGAGUACCCGAGUGGAGAAGAGAAACCCGCUCUGCCACCUUGGACGGAUGGGAUUGGUUGUGAGCGAAGAAACAAUGUAUCAAUCAACCGUGAUGCUGCAAAUAGAGCAUCCUGGCCUGUGGCGUCUUCACUCCUCUGGGCAGGCCUAGACGGCUUCGUGAGCGAGAGUGAGGGGGAAGAAGGGGGCAACAUAUCCCCCAUUGGACUUCCUCAAUACCGCCGCCAUUCCACAGACACCACACACCUCAACCUCUGUGCCAAUGCUCCUCCAGUCUCCAAAACUCGGAGCUCAGACAAUAUUUCCUCAGCAAGUAGCAAUGGUGAGGCAAGUGGCACCAAAAAUGGCUGCUUGGACAGUAAUCUUCAGCGACUCCUGCUGCUCAACUCCAUCCUGCCAUCCUCGUCCCCCCCAACACCAACCUCCCAGUAUUCGCUCUUCAGUCCCACCAGCUGAACAAACACUUCGAAAAAAAUUCUUAUGUAAGCUAUUUUCUUCUUUAUGAGUGAGAGCAUUCACAGCAAUGGACAGCUUGGCAGCAUUUAUGCUUUGAUGAUGUACAACUAGUGUCAUUAGGGAGAAAUUGUCCGCAGUGUUUGUCUCUAAGCUCAAGAGGAGAGGAAGGAAACAGACAAUGACUGUGGUUGACAUCAGUUAUUUUGAUAGGAUGUCAGGCAGAAUGUCACUGUUGUCACAGGGCUCUAUAGCAUAACCAUAAAAGGUCUUCAGAAG